AUGGAAAUAUUACUUCCACCUUUCUUUGAUAAUCAACCAAAUCGAACCAUUAAAUUUGACACGUCCACUUUUGAAGUUACAAUGGCAUUAGAUAAUUUACCCUACAUUCCACAUAACUUAAGGUUAAUUUCACAUGACUCAUAUAUUACUUUGCAGAAUACUUCAAUCCAAUCUAUGGAAAUAAUUACGUCCGGAAUAUCUCAAAUGAUUGGUGACGUGAAGGAGCUUAACAAUACUUUUAUCGUGAAAAGUUAUGAUGGUUAUAUUGGAAUUAAUGUUGCUGUCGGAAAAAAUAAUUCACAACCUUAUAUUGAUUUAGAGUCUAAGAGCAGUUCAAUGUCCUUGAAUUUGAAUGAUACGUUCGCUGGCGAAUACGAAAUCUUUUCAUACUCUGGUCGUGUAAGUGCUAGAAACGCUGACAAUAAUUUGGACUCAACUUAUUCCGGAAAUAUUUUAAACGGAACAAAGAAGUCCACGAAUUCUUCAAUUCCAUCUAAUGGAAUGAUUAUUGCCAAGUCUAACAGUGGAAAUGUUUAUGUAGAUUUUCUUAACCCUACUUAUACUAAA